GGUCUGCACUGCGACUUCGCCUGUCUGAUGUUCAAACACCUGGUGAACAAGCCGUCAGAAAAAACAGUCACCAACAUCAUCAAGAACGCCGUGGAGAUCGAACAGGACUUUCUGACGAAGGCUCUGCCCGUGAAGCUGAUCGGGAUGAACUGUGAGCUGAUGAAGCAGUACAUCGAGUUUGUAGCUGACAGACUGAUGCUGGAGCUCGGCUUCUCAAAGAUCUACCGGGUGGAGAACCCCUUCGACUUUAUGGAGAACAUCUCCCUGGAGGGAAAGACCAACUUCUUUGAGAAGCGAGUGGGCGAGUACCAGAGGAUGGGCGUCAUGUCGGGCCCCACAGACAACACCUUCAGGCUGGACGCAGACUUCUGAGGACAGAGGUGGAGCGAUCCACACUCAGUCACACAUUUCAAAGAGAGAAACCAGGUGAUGAUGAAGGCCAUCGCUCC